AUGUCAACACAUUGCAACCAGCUCUUCAAACUUGGCAGCCCCACGAAGGAGAGUAUGCUCCACCGCCAUACAAUCCUCAACGCCAUUCGUCAAUCUUGCACCAUCCCCGCGGUUACAAUUUGUGCCGUGCUAAGCAUGACGGCAGCUCUAGCAGUAUGGACUGGGACAAUUUGUGCCGUUGUGGCGAUGCCUUUUUGUGGCUAUGAGAAUUUAACUUUCAGCGGGCUUUUGCGCAUUGUCUUCUACUUAUGUUGUACCGAUGCUCUUAUUUAUAACGCAUCGGCAGCAGAUUGCAUUGAUUUUGACGUGUGCAACAUCCUUUCGUUGUAUACACGACGUCUUGGUAUUUCUGCUGGUAGCGCUGGUGUUGAGUUUCGCUGCGUUGGGACCAGACAGUCGAGACUAACGGGCACACUAAGCGACAAUUGA